AUGUGGACUGGUUCACCCGUCAAGAAGAGCUCCUCCUCCUUCACCAUCUUCGACGACAAAAGCUCACAUCAGCUCGGUCUCAAACGCACCGCCAGCGCUCAUCCACUCCCGCUCACCACCUCCAAGCUCGCCAACCGCUUCGGCCCAUCGACAAGAACCGCAAAGAUGGAUACACCGGUCGACGAGAUCCUGCACAAACUCAGCAUCCAGCAGAAUCUUCUGUCCCGCCAGCAGCGUGAUCUCGAGCAAAAUGAGAACCGCAGCGUCGAGGCCCAGCCCGUUGAGCAUCGGAGCAGCAGCUCCUCGUCACCCACUGACCCGUUCCCUGCUGUGACGCCCGAGACUGAGGACGCUCCCUCUGCCGGCACCUCCGACGGUGGCGAGCUUCUGGAAUUGAAGAGGCAACUUGGAGCAGCUCAGGAGCGUAUGGCACUGAUGGACCUUGAGCUCACUCAGUCCCGUCUCGCUCAGCACACCAUGGAGGAGGCCAUCGGUUCUCCCUUUCCGGCCGCCCAGCACCUGGCUGCCAACAUCACCAGCAACAACGUCCCUCCAGGUGCUUUUGGCAACGCGGCAUCCAGCAUGCACGUCCAGAACAAGGCGUCUGCUCCAUUCGAGCGUGGCGGCUUCAAUGUCUCUCAGAUGCCCCAGCAUCUUGCGUUCGAAUCGAUGCCCACCUACGCUCGUCCUCAGCCCACCAACGGACAGCGCUCGGGUUACACGCCGCCAAUGACUCCUAACCCGUUCCAGGCGCCGUACACGGUGCCAAACGGCGCCAAUUUCAAUCCGCAGCCGCCAAUCGGUACCAGACUGUCGCCAACUGCCGUUGAAUUCGGUGUCGGCCGUGGUCAAUGGGCGACACAACAGCCGCCAUACCCGCCGCAGCAAGCUGGCUCUACGUACGUCAACCCCAUGGAGCCGCUCAACUACCGUCGCCUUCUCGAUCGUGCCAUGAAUUGCAACUGGAAAUUCAUCGUGGACAAGAUCGUCUGCAACAAUGAUCAGCAGGCGUCAAUCUUCCUGCAGCAGAAGCUCAAGGUCGGCACUCCCGAGCAGAAGCAUGAGAUCGUCCAGUCCAUCAUCGAUCAGGCAUACCCACUCAUGGUCAAUCGCUUCGGCAACUUUCUCGUCCAGCGCUGCUUUGAGCACGGCUCUCCCGAGCAGAUCAUCCUCAUCGCCCAGGCUAUUCGAGGCAAUGUUCUUACUCUGAGCAUGGACUCCUUUGGCUGCCACGUUGUCCAGAAGGCGUUCGACUCUGUGCCUGAGGAGUACAAGGCCAUCAUGGUGCAUGAACUCCUUCGUCGCAUCCCCGAGACGGUCAUCCACCGCUAUGCCUGCCACGUCUGGCAGAAGCUGUUCGAGCUACGCUGGAGCGACUCUCCACCGCAGAUCAUGAAGUACGUUAACGAGGCUCUCCGCGGAAUGUGGCACGAGGUCGCUCUGGGCGAGACCGGCAGUCUGGUGGUUCAGAACAUCUUCGAGAACUGCCUCGAGGAGGACAAGCGUCCAUGCAUCAACGAGGUUUUGUCUAGCAUCGAUGUCGUCGCCCACGGCCAAUUCGGUAACUGGUGCAUCCAGCACAUCUGCGAGCACGGAUCCGUCCCUGACCGUACUCGUGCGGUUGAUCACGUCCUCCGCUUCGCCUCGGAGUACAGCAUGGAUCAAUUUGCAUCGAAGGUCGUGGAGAAGUGCCUCAAGAUUGGCGGCAACGACUUCCUGGAUCGUUAUCUCGACCGCGUGUGCGAGGCCCGCCCUGAUCGACCACGCAUGCCACUCAUCGACAUUUCUGGCGACCAGUUCGGCAAUUACCUCAUUCAGUACAUUCUCACCAACGGUGAUCCGCAGCGCAAGGAGAUUGUUGCCGCCCAUAUCCGCAAGCACAUGGUAUCCCUUCGCGGCUCCAAGUAUGGCUCUCGCGUGGCCAUGCUGUGCUCCAACCCUGCUUUUGCCACUCGCCCUGGACCACCCGCUGGCCUUCCACUCGUUCGCACCAACAGCUCCUUUGGCGCCAACAACGGUGACCGCUUCAUUCCAGACUCACGUCAGUACCCAAAUGAGCGUCAGUACCCAAAUGAGCGUCAGUACCCAAAUGAGCGCCAGUACCCAAAUGAGCGCCAGUACCCAAAUGAGCGUCAGUACCCCAAUGAGCGUCAGUAUCACUCUGAGCGUCAGUAUCAGUAUCCCUCUGAGCGUCAGUACCCAUCUGACCGCACCUAUCAAUCCGAUCGCCCAUUCCACGUGGGCCGUGGCGGCUUCAAUGGAGGCUACCAUUAG